AUGCCCACCGCCACGAACCCACCUUCUCGUUCACCCUCCCCUGCGCCCGCGCCACCUGUUGCCGAGGCUCCUGGCCCGCGCGCUCAAGGCCUCAUCAACGUCUUCAAUCAGGCCUCCAAAGCCACGCUCGAUAAAUGCUCCUCCAAAAACUUCGCAUCCUGCUUCCCUACCGCCGCGCAAUACGCGCCUGAAACGCUCGAAGGGCUGCGCAGCCAGAUCGUAGACCAGCUGGACCGCACAUGGAAGGUCAACUUUGAGGAAAUCCUGAAGAAGAGGAACGUGGUCAAGCUGGUCAACGAAUUGGAGCAGUGCAUCGAAGAUGCAAAGCUCAGGAAGAAGCGCGCAGAGGCCAGCGCGAAUGGAGGGCCUGUUGGGGCGCCUGUACCCCCGCACACGCUCACGCCGUCUGAAAUCCACUUGGCGCAUCUGAUGCCUUUCCUCGAGAAGCAAGCGACAGACAUGAAUACCAGACUCGCCGAAACACAGGCGUCGAACAACGAACUGCUCGCGACUGUGACUGCACAACGCGCAGAAAUCGAGGCGCUUGUCAGAGGCUUGGAGAGCGUCGUCAACGAUCUGGAGACCAGUGCGCAGAUGAUGGCGCAGGACGAUGUUCAGGACUUGAGCACUGAGAUCAGAGAUAUUGAGAUGGGCAUGAGGACAUGA